AUGCAAAAGGCAAGAAAGGAGAAAUAUCCUAAGUGCCAAAGACAAGAAAGAAGGAGAAAACUUUUUGGUGGAUUCAAUACUGUUUCUGAAUACAAAGAGGUGUCCAAAAAUGGUUUGCCAGUUAUCAAAUGGGACGACAACGUGGAGGAAGCAGACAGUACAGAAGAAGAAGAAGAAACACACGAGGUGUACACAUCAAAUAAGAUAAAGGAACAUAUUGAUGCCGUUCGGUUAAUGUUGCAAUCAAUGGAUGAUGGAGAGAUAAGUAUAUCAGCUUAUGACACAGCUUGGGUUGCUCUUGUGAAAGACAUUAAUGGAAGUGAUACUCCUCAAUUCCCUUCAAGUCUUGAAUGGAUUGCCAACAAUCAACUUGCUGAUGGUUCGUGGGGUGACAAGUCAAUCUUUUUGGCUCACGAUCGAAUCAUCAACACAUUGGCCUGUGUUAUUGCUUUGAAAUCUUGGAAUUUGCACACUGACAAAAGAGAACUAGGAAUGUCGUUUGUCAGAGAGAAUUUAAGCAAGAUUGGAGAUGAAAAUGCUGGGCAUAUGCCAAUAGGAUUUGAAGUGGCGUUUCCUUCACUAAUUGAGAUUGGAAAAAAGAUAAGCAUUGAUAUUCCGGAUGAUUCUCCUGUCUUGAGAGAGAUAUAUGCUAGAAGAAAUCUAAAACUUACAAGGAUACCAAAAGACAUAAUGCACAAAGUGCCCACAACGUUACUCCACAGUUUGGAAGGAAUGCCAGAUUUGGACUGGCAAAAGCUACUUCACUUGCAGUGCGCUGAUGGGUCUUUCCUCUUUUCUCCAUCCUCCACUGCCUUUGCACUUAUGCAGACUCAUGAUACUAAUUGUCUCAAUUAUCUCGCAAACACUGUUCAGAAAUUCAAUGGCGGAGUUCCGAAUGUAUAUCCGGUGGACUUAUUUGAGCACAUCUGGAUCGUUGAUCGAUUGGAAAGACUUGGAAUUUCUCGGUAUUUUAAGGCAGAAAUUAAAGAAUGUAUUGAUUACGUCAAUAGACAUUGGACAAAUAAAGGAAUCUGCUGGGCUAGAAAUUCCAGAAUUCAAGACAUUGAUGAUACGGCCAUGGCUUUUAGACUUUUAAGGUUGCAUGGCUACGUGGUUUCUGCUGACGUAUUCAAAAACUUUGAGAGCAGGGGUGAAUUUUUUUGCUUCGUGGGACAAUCGAACCAGGCAGUGACUGGAAUGUAUAAUCUGUUUAGGGCUUCCCAAUUGAUGUUUCCUGGAGAGAAGAUACUUGCUGAUGCCAAGAACUUUUCCUCCAAUUUUUUGCAAGAAAAACGAGCUCAAAAUCAACUUCUAGACAAGUGGAUCAUCACCAAAGAUCUCCCCGGAGAGGUAGAAUAUGCAUUAGACAUACCGUGGUAUGCCAAUUUGCCUCGGAUAGAAACAAGGUUCUUUCUGGAACAUUAUGGUGGUGAAGAUGAUGUGUGGAUUGGUAAAACCUUGUACAGGAUGCCACUUGUCAAUAAUAACACCUAUCUGGAGCUGGCAAAAUUGGAUUACAACAAUUGCCAAGCAGUGCAUCAGCUUGAGUGGAGAAGCAUUCUCCAGUGGUACAGAGAGUGUGGAUUAGGAAAGUUUGGAUUUAGCGAAAGAAACCUAUUGGUGACGUACUAUUUGGCGGUGGGGUGUGUAUUUGAACCAGAAAGGUACAGAGAGCGGCUGGUUUGGGCCAAAACCGCUGCUAUUAUGGAGACUAUUAAACGCCACUUUGGCAGUUCCCAAAUCUCUGGGGAACACAAGACUGCUUUUCGUCACGACUUCGCACAUAGCAGCAGCAGCAGCUUACACUGCCUGAACUCUAAUGCUAGGUAUAGGACAGGACAGAGACUCGUUGGGACUCUACUCGAAACCCUAAAGCAGCUCUCACCGGAUAGCAGAGAUAUCCAUCAACACUUGCGUCAUGCUUGGGAAAAGUGGCUGGUGAUAUUGGAAGAGGGAGGCGAGGGAAAAGGAGAUGCAGAACUCCUAAUUCGUACGUUAAAUCUCUGUGCCGGCAUGUCAGAUGAGCUAUUGUUGUCGCAUCCUAUGUAUCAAAAGCUCCUCAACAUCUCCAAUAAUGUUUGCCACCGUCUCCGUCUUUUCCAGCAGCAUUCUAAGAAUUCGGAGGAUCAGAGGAUUGAAAAGCAGCUGGAAAUAUCGGCAUGCAUGAAGAUAGAAUAUGACAUGCAACAACUUGCUGAGCUCGUGCUAUCCCGCUCUGAUUGCUCAGAUGAGGAUCUAGAUGACAACAUCAAGCAAACGUUCCUUAAUGUUGCCAAGAGUUUCUAUUAUGCUGCUUACUGUAAUCCAAGAACAAUUGAUUUUCACAUUGACAGAGUGCUCUUCGAAAGAGUACUUUAA